GUGCGGCCACCGCUCGGCCGCCCACUGCGCCGCGAGGCGGGCGCGCGGAGUGAAAAUGGCGAAGUGGGGCUAGCCGGCGCCGACCCUGACGCGAUGGGGCGCGCAGGUGGGCCGGGAGGCGGCGGAGCCCCCUGACGAGGGCGGCGGGCGGUCUGCGCUACGCGGCGGUUGGACCUGGCGACCUCGCGCCGGCGGCUGAGAAGUCGGACCACGGGCUCGGGGGCUCGCCGAGGGCCCCCCCGAGAGCCGGAGGCGAUGGAUGAACUGAGCGUGGAGAGUAUUGCUGAGGUUUUCCGAUGUUUCAUUUGUAUGGAGAAAUUGCGGGAUGCACGGCUGUGUCCGCAUUGCUCCAAGCUUUGUUGUUUCAGCUGUAUCAGGCGCUGGUUGACGGAGCAAAGAGCUCAAUGUCCUCAUUGCCGAGCUCCGCUCCAGCUACGAGAACUAGUAAAUUGUCGUUGGGCAGAAGAAGUAACACAGCAACUUGACACUCUUCAACUUUGCAGUCUUACCAAACAUGAAGAAAAUGAAAAGGACAAAUGUGAAAAUCACCAUGAAAAACUUAGUGUAUUUUGCUGGACUUGUAAGAAGUGUAUCUGCCAUCAGUGUGCACUAUGGGGAGGAAUGCAUGGCGGACAUACCUUUAAACCUUUGGCAGAAAUUUAUGAGCAACAUGUUACUAAAGUGAAUGAAGAGGUAGCUAAGCUUCGUCGCCGUCUUAUGGAACUGAUCAGCUUAGUUCAAGAAGUGGAAAGAAAUGUAGAAGCUGUAAGAAAUGCAAAGGAUGAGCGUGUUCGAGAAAUUAGGAAUGCGGUGGAGAUGAUGAUUGCUAGAUUGGAUACGCAGCUGAAAAAUAAGCUUAUAACACUGAUGGGUCAGAAGACAUCUCUAACACAAGAAACAGAACUCUUGGAAUCGUUACUUCAGGAGGUAGAGCACCAGUUGCGGUCUUGUAGUAAGAGUGAAUUGAUUUCUAAAAGCUCAGAGAUCCUCAUGAUGUUUCAGCAAGUUCACCGAAAACCCAUGGCAUCAUUUGUUACUACUCCUGUUCCACCAGACUUUACAAGUGAAUUAGUACCAUCUUAUGAUUCAGCUACCUUUGUUUUAGAGAAUUUCAGCACUUUGCGUCAGAGAGCAGAUCCUGUUUACAGCCCACCUCUUCAAGUUUCAGGACUUUGUUGGAGGUUAAAAGUUUACCCAGAUGGAAAUGGAGUUGUUCGUGGUUACUACUUAUCCGUAUUUCUGGAACUCUCAGCUGGCUUGCCCGAAACUUCUAAAUAUGAGUAUCGUGUAGAGAUGGUCCAUCAGUCCUGUAAUGAUCCUACCAAAAAUAUCAUUCGAGAAUUUGCUUCUGACUUUGAAGUUGGAGAAUGCUGGGGUUAUAAUAGAUUUUUCCGUUUGGACUUACUUGCAAAUGAAGGAUACUUGAAUCGACAAAAUGACACAGUGAUCUUAAGGUUUCAGGUACGUUCACCAACAUUUUUUCAAAAAUGCCGGGACCAGCAUUGGUAUAUUACUCAAUUAGAAGCUGCACAGACUAGUUAUAUCCAACAAAUAAACAACCUAAAAGAGAGACUGACUAUAGAGUUGUCUCGAACGCAGAAAUCAAGAGAUUUAUCACCACCAGAUAAUCAUCUCAGCCCCCAGAAUGAUGAGGUGCCUGAGACACGAACAAAGAAACCUGGGUCGUGCACUGACAUGCUUCUUCAGGAUGCUUCUACUGCAGCUUCUGUAAGCGAAGCCAAGGAGGAUGAAGAAGAUGAGGAGAAAAUUCAGAAUGAAGAUUAUCAUCAUGAGCUUUCAGAUGGAGAUCUAGAUCUCGAUCUCGUUGGUGAAGAUGAAGUCAAUCACCUUGAUGGCAGCAGUUCCUCUGCUAGUUCCACAGCAACAAGUAACACAGAAGAAAAUGACAUUGACGAGGAAACUAUGUCUGGAGAAAAUGAUGUGGAAUACAACAGCAUGGAAUUGGAAGAGGGAGAACUUAUGGAAGAUGCUGCUGCUUCUGGACCUCCAGGUAGUAACCAUGGCUAUGUAGGUGCUAGUGGCAGAAUGUCAAGAAGAGCACAUUUAUGUUCUACUGCUACCAGUAGUUUACUAGAUAUUGAUCCUUUAAUUUUAAUGCACUUGUUGGACCUUAAGGACUGGAGUGGUAUGGAGAAUUUGUGGGGUUUACCACCUCGCCCACCUACUUCACUUUUGCAACCUCCAGCAUCAUAUUCUCGUAAAGAUAAAGAUCAAAGGAAACAGCAGGCAAUGUGGCGAGUUCCCUCUGAUUUAAAGAUGCUGAAAAGACUCAAAACGCAAAUGGCUGAAGUUCGGUGUAUGAAAACUGAUGUAAGGAAUACACUUUCAGAGAUAAAAAACACUAGUACUGCUUCAGGAGACAUGCAGGCUGGUCUGUUUUCUUCUGACCAGCCAGCUCUGGCUGCAUGUGGAACUGAAAACUCUGGCAGAAUACAGGAUUUAGGAAUGGAACUCUUGGCAAAGUCAUCAGUCAGUAGUUGUUACAUACGAAACUCCGCAAAUAAGAAGAGCAAUUCUCCCAAGCCAGUUCGAUCCAGUCUGGCAGGUAGUCUGUCACUUCGAAGAGCAGUAGACGCUGGGGAAAAUAGCCGUUCAAAGGGAGACUGUCAAACUCUGUCUGAAGGUUCCCCAGGAGGCUCUCAGCCUGGGAGCAGGCACAGUUCUCCCAGAGCCCUGACGCAUGGCAAUGUCACUGACAUUCUGCCUAAAUCUGAAGACCGGCAGUGUCAAGCUUUGGAUUCAGAUGCUGUUGUGGUUGCAGUUUUUAAUGGCUUGCCUAGUGUUGAGAAAAGGAGAAAGAUGAUCACCGUGGGGUUGUUUUCUCCCUCUUUGAGGACUAACGCGAAAGGAAGUCAUCUGGAAGGAAUGCAAAUGACUGAUUUGGAAAAUAAUUCUGAAACUGGAGAACUGCAGCCGGUACUACCUGAUGGAGCUGCAGCUGCCCCUGAGGAAGGAAUGAGCAGCGACAGUGAUAUUGAAUGUGACACUGAAAAUGAAGAGCAGGAAGAGCACACCAGCAUGGGUGGAUUCAAUGACGCUUUCAUAGCACAGCCCCCAGAUGAAGAUACACAUUCCAAUUUUCCUGAUGGUGAACAAAUAGGCCCUGAAGAUCUCAGCUUUAAUGCUGAUGAAAACAAUGGAAGGUAAUUUUCAAAUCAAGAGAAUUGACUUGCUAGCUAUCAGUACCCUUAAAUUUCUUAUAUGUCUAAAUUUGUCAUCAGAUAAUCAGAUUUGGCCUAUUUUUUUCAGCAUCUUCUACUGUGCUAAUACUUGUUCAAAAGUAGCUAUUAGAAAAUAGCAUAAUCCCAGUAUAUGACAUUCCUGCAUAGGAAAAACAAAUGGUGUGGGAGAAUUCUGUGUAAUAUAAUGAAAUAAGUAUAGUUCUCAGCUAAUUGAGUAAAUUAGUAUAUUCAAAAAGGGCAGUUUUGUCAACAGUAGGACAGAUACUGCCAGAAAAUGUACCUAGAGACAGUGCAUGCCUCAGUAAUUUGCUCAGUUUAGGUGCUCUUCUGUCCUUAACUAGACAUGCAAUUGUAUUUAAAUGAUGUAUUUAGGGUUUUAGUCAUAUAUUGCAGCUUCUUUAAUGCCUGUACAUUUGUGGACAGAAUACUCUAGGAGUAGAUUCUGCAUUAUAGAGCCUUUACUGAGGUAACAGAAGAUUAAUACGAGGUCUAAUCACCUCUUUGGUAAAAUCUCACCAGAGUAUGUUAACUGACUAGUUUAUUUAUUUAUCUUUUCUUGUUUGUUCAAGUGCAAACACACUGAUUAACGGCAUGUAAUCUUUUGUGUGGCUUUGAUAAAUGUAAUAUAAGUGAUUUAAGUUAAUAUGAACCAGUUAAUAGUUUUCUGAACACAUGGAAUAUCAUUUUAAAUGAUUUUUGCCUCCUUCUAAACAACUGUAGUACAACAAAUGUGCUAAAAUCCCAGUCCAUUAUUUUCAAUAGUCAGACAUCUAUUUUGGUGUUGAUAUUAUUUAAAGAUUCAUACGUAUUUUGCAGUAAUUUACAUGGAUCUGUGGUAUAAGGUCUACUUUCAUUUUCUCUCAGUUGCCCCAAAAUAAUUGCCAAACCUUGCCAUUGUGUUGCUGCAUUUGUGUUUUAGCCACUAUACUUUGUAAAAAUUAUACUGAAAGUUGACAAAGAUUAUUUAAAAAACAUGAAUAUACACACGAGACAGCUCAACUCUUUAUAUUUUAUUUAAUGACUAUUGUUCAUGUCUCCAAAUCUAAUGUCUUGCAGAAUGUUGUGAUCCAUGGUUUGCUUUUGUUCAAAAUAGUUAGCACUUUUGUUAAUAAAAUGAACUUAAGAAAAU